UAUAAAACGGAGCUACCGAAGAGGAAGCUGAUUAAAUUUUCGAAAUGGGCCACUAUGUUAUAGUCGGUGGUGGUGGCUUUCUUGGAGCCCAUGUUAUCUCCGCGCUCCAGAAGAUUGGCUGCAAAGAGCGUAUUAUCGUUGUGGAUCCGUGCCCGCAAGAAUUCAAAACUAUCAAAAUUGAUAAAAGCAAUAUUUCUUACAUCAAGGCUUCCUUUCUUGACGAUAAAGUUCUAGAAAACAUUUUGAAUGGAGCAUCUGCAGUUGUUCAUUUGGCUGCUGUCGGACACACAGGAUUGAUCGCGGGCGAUAGAAAAUCUGUUCAUAAUUUCAACGUUAACGGCACAAAACAAUUGAUAAAACAGUGUAAAGCACUUGGCGUGAAGCGAUUUUUGUAUGCAUCCAGUGUUGCCGUAUCUUUUAUUGGGGAGCCACUAGACAAUGUUACUGAAGAUGAUCCACUUCCUGAUCCAAAAAAGUAUUUGGACUUUUAUUCUGCGUCAAAGGCUGAAGCGGAAACCUAUGUCCUUUCACAAUCCACACCAGAUUUUAAGACAGUAUGCUUAAGAUUUAGAGGAAUUUAUGGACCUGAAGAUCCCAAUGUAACACUUAAAGUUGCUAAUCUUAUAAAAAAUGGCUUGUUCAUUGGAAUGGUGUCGGCUCAUGGAAGAGAGUCUGUAUCGUGUGCGAGUAGUGGAGUCAACUGUGCAAAAGCAUUCGCCCUCGCUGAUCAGAUGCUUCAAAAUCCGGACGGAUUGCAUGGAAGGGCCUACUACAUUUUGGACGGAGAAAACGUGGGACAAUUCCAAUUUUGGACACCAUUAGUCCUUGCGCUGGGAAAACAACCACCAUCGUUCUAUACUCCGUACGACUUUAUAAAAGCCGUUGUACCAUAUUUUCAAAACGUGUGCUACGGAGUAUUCAAAUUACCGCCACUUCUCACAAAGUUUGAGCUCUCCAUUUUAGCAGUUGAUAACACGUAUAGCAUUGAGAGGGCUCGUCGCGAGUUAGGAUAUGAACCGGAACCCUGUGUCAUGACAGAUGUUGCAAAAUACUAUCAAGAUCUGGAAGAGAAUGAAGUAGCUACAGCGACUACAGAAUGGAAAUCUGCAAUUUCCAUCCUCAUCGUAUUCAUUUCAAUUGCUUUUUUAUUUUUGUUCAAUUUGAACUGACCAUUUAUGUUUUAAUGAAGUAAAAUUUCAAAAAAUUUUGAA